AUGCUUCUCGACUUGACUAUACACCUGUUGGCCGUCGCGUUGGUCUACGGCAAAAUCUACGAACGAUGCGAACUGGCACGCGACCUCCGUUUACGACACGGCAUCCCAGAGCAUCAAGUGGCCACGUGGGUGUGCAUUGCACAGCACGAGUCGCUGUUUAACACGUCCGCACACAAUCCGGGAAGCGGCGAUCACGGUCUCUUCCAGAUCUCGGAAUUGUUUUGGUGUUCGCCUCCAGGAAACGGUCGCGGGUGCAACAAACCGUGCAGUGCUUUCGCCAAUGACGACAUCGCCGAUGAUGUGCAGUGCAUCAAGAUAAUCCAUGAGGAACACACUAAAUUGUCCGGGGACGGAUUUAACGCCUGGGUUGUUUACCCGUUAUAUUGUAAAGGAAAUGUUCAUUCAUACAUACAAGGGUGUGAUAGUGUGUACGAGCUACCCCCUAUACCCUCAGUAAACCCUGAAAUUGAUGAUUACGAUGAUGGUUACGACUUCCCGCCUUUGCCAAAAUACCAAAAUAAAAACUUGAAUGAUGAAUACCAAUUUCCAGCGUUGCCAAAAUUUCAAAAAGAGCAAACUUUACCAGCAUUUAGUAACAAAUACCGAGAAGAAUCGUUCUACACCAAAAAACCUACAACUACUACCUUAAGAACAACAAUUCGUUACGAUAACGUCAAUAGCUACUUUAAGGAUGAUUACGAUUAUCCAGCUUUACCACCAUUCCCUAAACAUGCCUCUGAAUUGAAUAAUGGGGAAGAUAGUAGUGAAUACGAAUUUCAUCCUUUACUUUUGACGACCUUAAAACCUAAAACUACAACGUCGACAACAUUUAAGCCAAUAAUAAUUAGGAAAUUCCAGAAACCUGAAUAUGAAAACACUAGACACAUUUAUACUACAACUAUUUUACCAACAAAAACAACUAUAAAAUCAACGUCAAGAUACAAUCCUAACGAAUUAGAAUAUACAACAAAAAGACCAUAUAUUUUUCAAUCCAAGUUUCAAAAAUUCGAUGAAAAUAAUACCGAAAAACCUUUUUAUCCAACAAAUUCUAUAAGAACUACUGAAAACCCCACAAGAAUAUCGACUAAAAAAUUAAUAUCAAACAUGUUGGACUUAACCACUAAAAGAUCAUUUGAUAUUCCAUCAACCAAGUUAUAUCAAAAUAUUGUAUUUAAAUCCUCAACGCAAAAUUCCAUUAAUUUAGAAUAUACAACAAAAAGACCAUUUGUCAUACAUUCACGAUUUCAAGAAUUUUAUAAACAAAAUACAGACAAAUCUUUUUAUUCAACAAGUACUGUAAAAAUAACCGAAGCACCAACCAAAAUAACCACAAAAAAAUAUUUAGCCCUCACCACCAAAAGACCAUUUAAUAUUCUGACAACAAAUAGUGUAUUUGAAUCAAAAAUUCAAAAUAUUGCUACUACUAGAAGGCCAACAAUAAAUCCAAAAAAUCCAUACAAUUUUUCAUCGUUAUUUACAAAUUUUGAAAAAACCACACAAAAAAAUAAUAUACUACAAAUAAAUAAUGAUAAUAUUUUUGGAACAAAAUCACCUGUGACAACAAAUAAUAAAUUCUACACACAUGUAAAUGUAUUAAAAAAGAACCCAUACGAUUUUUCUUCCUUGGAUAACAUUCUUACUUCGUCAAAAACAACUGAAAGACCAUUUAAAAUUACCCGAAAUAAUCCAUUUUCCUUUUCAAACAAAAGAUAUUUCACAACUUCAAGAAACCCUUUGCAAUAUAAAACCACAAAAAGCCCUUACAAUUUUGAUACAUUAUUUUCUAAAAAGUCGUCAAAAAUUCUUCCUACACAGAAUAUUGUACCGUCGAGUUCCCUACUUACCUCAGUGGUUACAAAUUCACAACCAAGAAUUUCCAAAAAGUUACCCUCCGGGUCUAUAGUUUUUAACACCGAAAGUAAACACUAUUCAUUUGAAAGAAUGGGCAAUGGAUUUAGACUUAUAAGGAAAACUAGAGGACCUGUUCUGCUUUCAUUUCCACAUUUUCUUCAUGCAGACAAAAAAUACCUUGAUACCGUUCACGGACUUAAUCCGGAUGAAAAUAAGCACGAAACCUUCGUAAUUUUGGAACCUAACAGUGGAACCCCUAUUAAAACAGCAAAACGUGUACAAUUCAACAUGUUUUUAAGGCCCAUUGAAGGAAUAACAUCAAUAGAUAAUGUUACUCAUUCCAUCAUACCAAUUAUAUGGCUGGAAGAGAGUAUGACGCUUGGUGACAAAUAUACCAACCAAAUAAAGGAUUCGUUAUUAAAAGUUUUACAUUAUCUCGGUAUAAUGAAAUGGGUUGUAUUAAUAAUAGGAGCCAUAAGUAUUAUAGUGCCAUUUUUCUUCUUAAUUUAUACAAAGUAA